CAGUGUCUCCGGCAACCAGUAGUAAAGUUUCCGGUUGCAGAAGAAGUUGUCCCCUUCGGAAGGAGAAAUAUAAACUGAAGUGAAGUGAAAACGCACGUGCUGUUUCUCGGGUUUUUACCGUUGGCCGCUGGCAGAACGAAUCUCUGAUCCUAGUAACCCAGGACAAGAGCCAGCGCCUACUCCAAAGUGGCAAUCGGUGAAGUGGAGUGCACUUUUUAACAACUAUUGUGGGCUCAUGCAAUCUAGUAGGCAGUGACCGAAGACAGGUGCACGACGUGGUAUCGCAAAUAUAUUAGAUUACAGGCUGACCGGAAAUAAUACAUCACAGCAGUUGUAAUUCAAUAUCCAUACGUCCACAGAUAGUUCUCGGGGUUCUGCUAAAAGAUUUGCAUCGAUUAAUAUGAUCAACCAGCACCUAAUUCUAUGGACGAAUUUUGGAAAGUUACUACUGUUGCUCGUUCUGUGCUCUCUAGUUAGCAACAUCCAGACUGAAAGUGCUUCCUUGGAGCAGCAUCAGAUGGAGCACGCCGACGAGUCAACGCAUUCGCACAGCCCUCAGAAACGAACGUGGAAGAACCUGCAGGGCGGAUGGGGAAAGCGAACACCAACUAGCGAGCAACCGGACCCUAACGCCGACUAUUACGGAUACACAGGAAGAAACGAUGAUACGGCAGAUUAUGGCAACGCCGAGAAUGAGCUGGAUAAACUGAAUAAGUAUCUGAUAAAGGGGCUGAUCAACCAACGACUGGCACAGUUGGACACUCAGUAUGAUGGGUCCGAUGAAGAAUAUCCGGUGGAAAAACGAGCCUGGAACAAGAUCAACGGCGGAUGGGGAAAGCGAGUAAAUGCUGGACCGGCGCAGUGGAACAAAUUCAGAGGUUCAUGGGGUAAACGCGAACCCGGAUGGAACAACCUGAAAGGACUGUGGGGAAAACGAUCGGAGAAAUGGAACAAACUAUCAUCGUCUUGGGGCAAACGGGACAGCGGAAAUAGCAAUAGUUACUAAUUAUCCUACCGCCAAUUACCGCUCACCGAAAUUGUAAAUAUCCACGAAAUCUCAACAGUCUGUUAUAGGAUAAGUUGUUUUCGAUAUUGUAUUUUCUUUUGUAUACAUAUAACGUAGGUCGCAUAUGCAAUAGCACAACUGGAACAUGAAAUGCGUGAAGAGCUAAAAUCUAAAAAUCAGUGUAUUGAUAUUGGCCGUGAGGUGUUACCGCAAUCUUCUGUUUUGCGAUAAUGGACAUGCAGUAAACGUUAUCAAAUACCAAAAAAGAAGAAACCGUUCUCAGACUAACAAUAACAGUGGAUAACGCAAAAUUCAUGGAAGUGUACAAUAUGGAUGUCAGAAAAUAUUCCAACAUGUUACCAAUAUUAUAUACUCAUACCGUCAGUAUUACUAAGCAGAUGCUGACAUGGACAUAAUGAAUAAAUAAAUAUAGCGUUUACAGUCAGUCAUAA